AUAAACAAAUGCAAGAAAAACGUGCUCGCAGCGCGGUUCGAGUCUUGAAUUGUUUUAUUUUGGUGCCUUUGCUAGCGCUUCAGCAUGGAAUAUACGGACCAGAUCGAUCCGGCCAGUUAUUUCGACAGCUACGAGGAUCUUAAGAUCCACGAGCUUAUGCUUACGGAUCAACCGCGGCAGGAAGCUUACCAGAAAGCGAUCCUCGGCAACCGGGCCCUGUUCGAGGGCAAAACCGUGCUCGAUGUCGGCGCCGGCACAGGAAUCCUGUCCAUUUUCUGCGCACAGGCGGGUGCGAGCAAGGUGUACGCGGUCGAAGCCUCCAACCUGGCCCGGCUCGCCCGGGCCGUGGUGGAAGAGAACCAACUGCAAGCUGUGAUAGAAGUGAGCGAGUGCAAGGUGGAAGAUUUCCAGCUGCCCGAGGGCGAACGGGUCGACAUCAUCGUGUCCGAGUGGAUGGGUUUCUUCCUGCUCCACGAGGGCAUGCUCGAUUCGGUGCUGUACGCGCGCGACAAGUUCCUCAAACCGAACGGGCUCAUGUUUCCCGACACGGCCACCCUGUACGUGGCACCGUGCAGUGUACCGUCGCGGUUCGAUCGGUGGGAAAGUCUGUUCGGCGUGAGCAUGCGGUGCUUUGGCCGUGCGCUGCGCGAACAGAACUCGGGCAAUCCGGAAGUGUUAACCGUCGCGCCGGAGCAUCUGCUUUACGACGGGCACAUUAUAGCGUGGUUCGACCUGAUGGAGGUAACGACGGAAGAGCUGAACAGUAUCGAGGUGAAGGAUGUGAUUGUGGCGUCGCGGUCCGGAAAGCUGCAGGGAUUCUGCAUCUGGUUCGAGUGUACCUUUCCGGGCGAUGGUGCGGAGGAGCAGCUGCAGCUUUCCACCAAUCCGUCCGCGCCGGAAACACACUGGAAGCAGACCGUGAUCCCGCUGCCGGAAGAUGCCUGCGAGGAGCUGGAAGAGCGCGAUCCGGUCGCCUUCAGUCUGACGAUGACACGCAACAAGGAGACGAAUCGAAGGUACGAUCUACAGCUAACGCUGCUGGAUGCAGAGAAAGAGGAACAUCAUCUGCCGUGCGAGUGUCACAUGACGAAGUGUAUUUUAAUGAAGACCCACCUCGAGAAGAUGCAGGUGGAAGAGGAGCAGCAUUGAUGCGGCACCGCGGAGGCAAUAAAUAUGGGGUUGCCCCGCACCCGCAGUUACUCCGUAAUUUGUGUGUUUGAGCUAAACCAAUGAUUAAAAUCCAACCGAAGCAAAAGCUGCGAAAGUGGUGCACUGCUCGGUCCCGCCUUUAGUCCAAUGAGGAGCUUCAGCAACGAA